CCAGUCCAAGGAUGCUUUCUCGCACACUGUCUGACCCCCACAUCGACAAGCCACUUCCUCUUUGUCUAAUUUCAUGGCGAUCGGGAGAGAGGGAACACCGCCGACGCACGCACACUGUCUGAGCACUCCUCAAAGAGUUUAUUCGGGUGUAAACUAAGUUGUGAACCUGACUGGUGCAACAGACGCUAUUCUCCAGGUGAAAAUACGUGGACGUCAUUAAAGGGGCCCUGCCAGCACUUGGAUCUGUUCUUUCUGUGUCCCCGGGUUUAGACUGCUUGGUGUAUGGCUCUGAUGGACAAGCACAAACAAAUCAAGCGGCAGAGACUCGACCGCAUUUGUGAGGGUAUCCGACCCCCAAUCCUGAAUGGGCCGAUGCACCCUCGGCCUCUGGUGGCCCUGCUGGACGGGCGUGACUGCACUGUGGAGAUGCCCAUCCUGAAAGAUGUGGCCACAGUGGCUUUCUGUGAUGCCCAGUCUACACAAGAGAUUCAUGAGAAGGUGCUAAAUGAGGCAGUGGCCGCCCUGCUGUACCACACUAUCACUCUAUCCAGAGAUGACUUGGAAAAGUUUAAAGGCCUACGAGUAAUUGUCAGGAUCGGCUCUGGCUUCGACAACGUUGAUGUUAAAGCAGCCGCUGAGCUGGGCAUCGCUGUCUGUAACGUGCCAGCAGCCUCAGUGGAAGAGACAGCGGACACUUCGCUAUGUCUGAUUCUCAACCUGUACAGGCGAGUAACCUGGAUGCACCAAGCUCUAAGGGAGGGGACCCGUGCUUCUAGCGUGGAGCAGAUCAGAGAGGUGGCUGGUGGCGCCGCUCGUAUCCGGGGGGAAACGCUGGGCAUUAUUGGUCUAGGGCGUGUUGGUCAAGCAGUAGCUCUGCGGGCAAAGGCCUUUGGUUUUGGCGUGAUCUUUUAUGACCCCUACCUGCCCGAUGGCGUGGAGCGCUCACUCGGCCUGCAGAGAAUGGCCACUCUGCAGGACUUGCUGAUCCACUCUGACUGUGUGUCCCUGCACUGCAGCCUCAAUGAGCACAACCACCAUCUCAUUAAUGACUUCACCAUCAAACAGAUGCGUCAAGGAGCCUUCCUGGUGAACACAUCUAGAGGCGGUCUGGUGGAUGAGAAAGCACUGGCUCAGGCCCUAAAGGAAGGCCGGAUACGAGGUGCCGCCCUGGACGUCCAUGAGACAGAACCCUUCAGUUUUUCAACAGGCCCUCUGAAGGAUGCCCCCAACCUGAUCUGUACCCCGCACACAUCUUGGUACAGUGAGCAGGCCUCUGUCGAGGCUCGUGAAGAGGCAGCCAGAGAGGUGCGCCGGGCCAUCACUGGGCGUAUCCCCGACAGUCUGAAGAACUGUGUUAAUAAGGAGUAUCUGAUGGCAGCCUCUCAGUGGCCCGGCAUGGAGGCCGCUACUGUUCACCCAGAACUAAAUGGAGCCGCCUACAGAUUUCCUCCGGGGCUGAUCAAUGUUGCAGCAGCAGGCGGCCUCCCAGGAGCUGCCGCAGGCGUUGAAAGUUUGGUUCCAGGAACCCUGGCACAUGGCAUCGCCCCCGUCUCCCACCCCCCUCACGCCCCAUCCCCGGGGCAACCUACUAAGGCCGAAGCCGACAGAGACAUCCCUUCCGACCAAUAGCCCCCCCCACCGCCGUCAGCACAUUCCGUCAUCUCUGGAAACCAACCCCCGCCUCCCAGGAUCAGACACAACCCUACCCUCCAGUACAUCGGCAGCACUAGUUUGACCUGACGUGGCUCUACAGUCUUUUCUCAGAUCACAUAACCAGCCCAGGAUUGACCUGUCCACACCACAACAAUCCCCCCCAACACCACCACCACCCCACACCCAGAACACACCCUUGCCUCCAUCCACCUGCUCACCCACCAUCCCCUCAUCUCCUUCACUCCCCCACUACGUCAGCAAUAACUGUGUUCUCAAGGAUUCAGUGAUUGGAUUGGUUUAUUUCCUUAGUUGGUUGUCGUUUUAAUGGAAAGUUGAUCUGCUCUGGUUCUAGAUGUUAAUGUUUGUUUGUUUAAAAAAGAAGAAAACAAGAAAAAAAGCAUUUCUGACACGAGGCUUUACAGUCUGCCUCCUGCAGUCCUCCUCUGACCACUAGAGGCACAGACACAGAAUGGUUGAAGCCCCACUUUUGUACAUUAAUGGCUCAUGUUACUGCUCUCUUCCUCUUUUCUUUUUCUUACCCUUUCCAUCUUUCUCAUGAUGAGGGGUGAAGUGUGUACUGAAGUAAAAGAAGAAAACAGGACAGAAUCACAAACAGUACAUCCUCUUCUCCCUGCCAAGUAUCUAGCUAACCCUUUAGCCCACUUCGGCCCUUGUCUCUCCUCUGCGCUGUCAUCAGCUUGCUCAGCAGAGGGAUCCAUAAUGCUGUGAGUGUGGAGCUCUCUGACUGUCACAGUGUGUUUUUUAUCUGCUAAACUCAUCUGUGAGUAUUAAACCCAUUAUUCUUUGUCAACUUUCACUGCUGCGAUUGUCUAGUUUUAGGACAGUCAUCCCUGUAUUUACACACGCUUUUCCCCUUUUGGAUUGUGAUGUCAUGAGAUAAAAGCUCUGAGCGUCAUAUCAGAGAUGUACCUGCAUGUCCUGGUAUGAAUUUCUAUCUCUUGCCAGCAGUCUUGAGUGGUGUGCGUUUGUGUGUGUGUGUGUGAGAGUGUGCGAGUGAGUGUGUGAGGUCCUGUGCACCUGGUGCCCACAGGGACACGAUUGCAGCAGCUUUUCUGUUUUUCAUUUCCUUCCCAGCUGGAAACCCAGCAGCAUUUCAGCAGAGGGCGCUGUCUGGCUGCUCAGAGCAGAGGAAGCUGCCUGCAGCUUCUCUCAGUCACAGUUACAGGUAACCUUUAGUGACGAAGAACACGAUGACACACUGCCGACGUUCAAACCACAGGAGGGGUGACCAGGGAUAGAUUACCGCCUUAUUGUUAAGAUCGCGCCACAACCACCCACACACCCACUCAGUCACCCACCCUCCACUAUUCUCCCACUGUGAUGCUCCAACCCUAUACAUCUGCUCAUGAAUCCAUCAAUUCCUUCAAAGUGCGAGGGGACGGUAGAGAUUAGAUUCUCCGUAGGAGCAAAUGGGACGGUGUUCUUGCAUGCUGGCUCGUUAAUGACCGUGGCAUGCGUGUGUGUGCGUGCGUGUGCGCGUGAUAGUGUGGGUUUGCGUGCGAGUGUGUGUUUGUAUGUUCCCUCACCCUUAUAACAAGCUGUUGUCGUUCCAAAGGAAUAGCCCCUAGGAGUAACUCUUAAACGCUGUUGCCCUGGUGUCAUGGGAACACCACUUCUAGUACCUCAGUAACAGAUAUUGAAUGUACCGUGCAUACCCUUUUAUUUUUUUGUACAGAUUUUCUAGAUGCAUCUUUACUAUUCUUUACUAGAAGGGUUGUAAAAUGGUAGCAGUAAUGAUACAAUUAAAAAAAAAAAAAGCC